AGCUCGGGCCGUGGGCGCUAAUGGCGGCGGGCGCGGCUGGCCGGCGGCUGGCCCUCCCGCAGGCUCCCACCAGCCUGGGUUCGAGUCCGGGCACCGCCCCACGGGCCUCGGACCCGUCACAGCCCUUUCUGGGCUUCAAUGUCCUGGUUUUUAAAUAGGCCCGAAGACACCCCCCCGGGAGGCCUGGCCAUGCAGGGCCUGCCCCAGUGCUGCGCGAUUGCGCGCCUGUCUCCCUCCCUCCAUUAAAUCCCGGCGCUCGGGGACCUGCCAGUGACUGGCAGGGCCAGGAGGUGUGGCUGGGCCGGCUGCUCCCACACCUGAAUGCACAUUAUGGCCCUGUCACUCUCUACAGGUGUGACCUUGGGUAAGUCCCUUCUCUCUGAGCUUCAGUUUCCUAUCUGUAAGUCAGGGACAGUAGUGAUAACAUUAGCAACAACACUUACGUAGCUCGUGUUCUGCGUCAGGCAUUUAAUUCUCAACAGCUCUACAAGGCAGGAACAGUUGUUACUUAUUUUAAAGAUGAAGCAACAGAGGAACGGUGACAUUAAGUCUUGCCCAAAGCCACACAGCUUAGUUUAGUGCCUAGCACUCUUCUAGGGCCCAGUAAGCUGUAGAUCUGUCUUGGACCUGCCCUAACUCGGUUCCCUUGCUUCAGGAUGGAGCCAGGUGAGGAGCUGGAGGAGGAGGACUCUCCAGGCGGCCGGGAGGAUGGCUUCACUGCUGAGCAUCUGGCCGCGGAGGCCAUGGCAGCUGACAUGGACCCCUGGUUGGUGUUUGAUGCCCGCACCACACCUGCCUCAGAGCUGGAUGCCUGGUUGGCCAAGUACCCGCCAUCCCAAGUUACCCGCUAUGGCGACCCUGGCUCGCCCAACUCGGAGCCCGUGGGCUGGAUUGCAGCAUAUGGGCAGGGCUACGUCCCCAAUUCAGGCGACGUGCAGGGCCUGCAGGCAGCCUGGGAAGCUCUGCAGACCAGCGGGCGGCCCAUCACGCCAGGUACCCUGCGCCAGCUGGCCAUCACCCACCACGUGCUCUCGGGCAAGUGGCUGAUGCACCUGGCACCUGGCUUCAAGCUGGACCACGCCUGGGCCGGCAUUGCCCGGGCCGUGGUCGAGGGCCGGCUUCAGGUGGCCAAGGUGAGCCCACGGGCCAGGGAGGGUGGGCGCCAGGUCAUCUGUGUUUACACGGACGACUUCACGGACCGCUUGGGUGUGCUGGAGGCCGAUGCAGCCAUCCGUGCAGCAGGCAUUAAGUGCCUGCUCACCUACAAGCCUGACGUCUACACCUACCUGGGCAUCUACCGGGCCAACCGCUGGCACCUCUGCCCCACGCUCUAUGAGAGCCGUUUCCAGCUGGGGGGCAGUGCCCGCGGCUCCCGUGUGCUGGACCGCGCCAACAACGUGGAACUGACCUAGUGGGGCCAAGUAGGGGAGACCACUGUCUGCCCUCCCUGCCAGGGAUGGAUCCUCCCGUCUUCCUUGUCCCAAGGAGGCCAAGUCCCCCAGCUCUGAGGACUAGGUCACUCGGGAACUGUCUGCAUCUUCAAUCCCCUUGAACUUCUGCCCUCUGUUCAGGGCUGACUCAAGUCCCCACCGGCUGGAGGCUCUGGCUCCCUGGAGGCUCUGGCUCCCUGAGGGCCGGACCCUCAGCCUCUCUUUUCGCUGCUGCUCCCCUCUGCCAUCGAGGACCGCAGGCUGGGUGCAGACCCCCAGGAGGAGAGCCUUCCUUGGCUGCCCUCAUCCCUGGCUGUACCUCCCCCCUCUCCCGCAUCUUCCCCUUUUUCUCUUCCUCCCUCACAAGAGAAAAAACUUAGGGCUUCCAGUAUCUCUCCUUGGAGCCUUCACAGACCAGCAGGCAGAGGCCCUGCAGGCCUGAGCAUGCCAUUUUGUUGGGGGGAUGAGUGUGCCCACUCAGCCCUGGGCAGAGAGAAGAUGCCCAGGCCAUGGACAUGGGGCCUGUCCCUCCCUGCCCCCUCACAGCCUGCACCACCUUUCUCCCUUCCUUCACUACCUUGUCAUGUGCCUGCUCCUGGCAUUUCAAUAAAACCCAGAUUGGGUCUGUGUCUUGAGUGUUUUUUAAAA